AUGCCUCUGUUCAGCUGGAUGAAAUGGUCGCAUGAGACAAGAGUGCAGGCUCAGGAUGAAACACCAUCUCUGAAAAUCUCAGGGGGGUUACCCAGCCGCAUGCUGAUCACAGAGCUCCUGUGGCAUGUGGAAGAGCGCGAGCGGCUGGCGAGAGAACUGGAGCGUGAGCAUAGGAUGGCUCACAGCGCUCUGGGUCUCCACUGGUUUCAAAAGUACCCCAGGUUGCGGACCCUCAUCCCCUCAUCAGAACUACAACAGCUGGAGUUCUUGUGUGCCCAGAUCCCAUCUAUCCAAGCAGCCACCGUCCUCUCCAGGUUUCGUGAGGUGCUUGCCACUAACAACAUACGACCCUGGGAGCUGGCAUCUGUGUUUAAGCAAAUACUAAAGGACUUCCUGAGCCAAAGGGGAUAUGAUGAAGAGGAUGACCUCUCAGUGCAGCCGGUGCAGUUCCAACCCAUGGAGGCUUGGACCAGCCGGUACAAAAUGAAGCAGGGGUUUGUCACACCCACUGUCCCCAACUGUGGCGACCAUCCAAGGGAAGAGAUCCCAACGGUCUCUGGAUACGUGGAUCGGGUCAUGCGGCACUCUGGUUCAUUCACAGCACACAGGGACUGGGACCUUCCAUAUUAUUAUCCAGUACCUCUCAGGUCCAAAGGUGCUUACAGCACCACACUGUGA